AGAGCAUUAUAGAAAAGCUUUGAUUAACCUGCCCACAGUGACACUGACAGUGAUCCAGCCAGCACAGCGAGCAGCGGUCAUCUCAGGUUGGAGGAUGCCGUCUGUCCUCUGAGGAUUCUUACAGAUCAGUCAACAACACUCACCUUCACUCCUCCUUUACAUCAAGCCUGUUCUCACUCAAGACCCUGAAAUCACAAGAAAGACGCGUGGUGAGAGAGAUUGAAUCGAGCGCUUACAAUGGCGGACAGCGGGAAGACUAAUGAGAGCGGAGCUACAGUGGCGGAGAACACUAAUGGAGAUCAGCAGAAUGUAGUUGCUCGAGUGGGGAAUCUGCCUUUGGUGAGUUCUGCCUGUGGGGUAGUAUCCAGCGCCUACACCAGCACCAAAGACAGUGUGCCUUUGCUGAAGGGAGUGAUGGAUGCAGCCGAGAGCGGGGUGCGGACACUUGGAGCAGCUGCCACUACCAGCUCUAAGCCUCUGCUGGACUAUAUUGAGCCACAGCUUGCAACAGUAAAUGAAUUUGCCAUGAAAGGACUGGAUAAAGUGGAAGAAAAGCUGCCCAUUCUUCACAAACCAGCAGACAAGGUGGUCUCAGACACAGUGGGCAUGGUGUACCAGUCUGUAACUGGGGCUAAAGAUGCUGUGGUGGGCACAUUGUGGAGCGGUGUGGAGCUGACCCGGGCUGCGGUCAGUGGUGGCAUCAGCACUGUCAUGGGCACCAGUCUGGGACAGAUGGUCAGCAGUGGGAUGGGCAUGGCCCUCAGCCGAUCAGAACAUUGGGUCGACCAGAACCUGCCACUCUCUGAGAGAGAACUGGCUGCUCUUGCGGAACCUGCUACUAGUGGUGAGAUCUCCACUACAACCACCAGCCCGCCUGGCAGUCCCAGUUAUUUUGUGCGGCUGGGGAAGCUCUCUGCCAAGGUGCAAGAGCGUGCCCGGGAGCAAUCACUGGUCCGAGCGUGUCAGGCGAGGGAAGCCACCUACGCGGCAAUGACCCAGAUAGCCAGCACUCUGGACCUGUUGGAAAGUGCUCGCAGAGGCCCUGGUGCUACCCCUGAUCAGCCUGAUGGUGCGUCUGAGCAGCUGCAGCAGCGCUGGACAGAGUGGCAACAGGUCCAGGCUCAAACUGAACACACUGAGCCAGAGCCUGAGCCUGAGGAAGUCAAAGAUGAGAAAGAGAAGCUGGAAUGGAGGGCCCUGUCCAUGGUGCGUGGUUUGAGUAACCAGCUGCAGUCUGCUUGCUCAAGUGUAGUGUCCAGUGCACAGGGGCUGCCAAGUGCAGUGCAGGAGCAGCUCAGCAGUGCUAUAACAUCUGCUGAAGAGCUCCGCUCAUCUUUAGGGAACACCCGCUCUCUGACACCUGUGCUUCUAGAGCGCAGCCGGCAACAUCUAACCAAGGUUCAGCAAUCUUUGGACAGUGUGAUGGAGUAUCUCACACACAACACCCCUCUGAACUGGCUGGUUGGACCCUUUGCACCUCAGUUGACUGAGAAACCCGAGUCAGAUGUGCCAAUGGAGCAAGAUGGACCAAAAAAUUAAUUUAUCAGUAUUAUGAAUAAAUAUAUAUUUUGUAUACAGUAUGUGGCUUUGAUAAUUUCAUGAAAAUACUGAACAUACUGUAAAAUCAUUUCAAAUUUAUUUGGUUAAAAGCCCACUGAACACACAACUUUCAUCAGGAUUCUUAAAUUAAGUCAUAGUAAAGUAAUUCCUCUCUUGUGUUACAGUACAGUUCAGUAUUAAUGAUUAAUUUCCUGGUGACAUAGUACAUGUAAGGAAAUAUGGGGCCUAUAUAUUACAAAUAAAUCUUCUGUAACCAG